AUGGUGGUUUUCAGAAAGGGUGAUCAUGUGUGGCUGGACACUCAACCAAACAGUGAAUUCAAUGUCCCUAUCGGGGCAGUUGUGAAGGACUCUGACUCGGGACGGAUUUUGCUGGAGGAUGAUGAAGGCAAGGAACACUGGAUCACAGCUCGGAACAUGCACAUGGUGCGCUUGAUGCACCCCUCCUCUGUCCAGGGGGUGGAAGACAUGAUCCGCCUUGGAGACCUCCAUGAAGCAGGCAUGGUGCACAACCUCCUCAUCCGCCACCAGGAACACAAAAUCUAUACAUACACAGGAUCAAUCUUGGUAGCAGUGAAUCCAUACCAGCUUCUGCCACUCUACACAGUCGAUCAGAUCAGACUGUACUGUAACAAGAGGAUUGGAGAGCUACCACCUCAUGUCUUCGCCAUUGCAGACAACUGUUACUUCAAUAUGAAGAGGAAUAAGAGAGACCAGUGCUGUGUCAUCAGUGGAGAAUCUGGAGCUGGGAAGACUGAAAGCACAAAGCUAAUACUACAGUUUUUGGCAGCUAUCAGUGGCCAGCAUUCCUGGAUAGAGCAGCAAAUCCUAGAGGCAAACCCCAUUCUGGAAGCUUUUGGAAAUGCCAAGACAAUUCGAAAUGACAAUUCAAGCCGGUUUGGGAAAUACAUUGAUAUUCACUUCAACCAAAAUGGUGUGAUAGAAGGAGCCCGGAUAGAACAGUUCCUUCUGGAGAAGUCCAGGGUUUGCCGGCAGGCUCCAGAGGAGAGAAACUAUCACAUCUUCUACUGCAUGCUAAUGGGGAUGAAUACAGAGCAGAAAAAGAUGCUAAAUCUGGGCACUGCUUCAGAGUACACUUACCUCACUAUG